AUGUCGACCUCGAACGCUCUCGGGACCGGCGACGCGCCUGUAGCUCAAAAAUUCGGUGGCCGCUCCGCCUUCCUGUAUGUCGCCAGCCAGACGAAUUCUCAAGAUAACAAAAACACCAAUGAGACUCUCUCUGAGCCGGACACCAACCCCGCGAGGUCUCCUCUGGUAAGUGAACCCAAAGACCUCUCCAUCCUCCAUCAUGACCCCCCUUUCAAAGCCUUGCAUCCAAAGCCCAUUCAAUUUUCACCUCCGCGUCCCAGGGCCAGGCCGCUAGCCCAGCCGUCGAAGCUGCGAUACAUCGACGGUCUCCCCGCCCUCCCAAGAACCGAUGCCGAGCUCGCCGCAGCCCGGGCCAGACUGCCCCCAGUCUACUUCCGCGACUACACACCGGGCAAGUGCCUUCACUGCACACUCGCGGGCACGCCGUGCACGUUCACCAGGGUGACGCCGUCGGCACCGUGCGGGCGGUGCAGGCGGCUCGGGCGGGUGUGCCUGAUCCGCAGGCCGGGUUCGGCGAGGAGGAUCAUUACGGGGGAGGACGCGGGGGAUUGGGUUCCCAUGGGGAGAGCGGUCGGGGUGUUGCUCGGCGAGGACGGGGCGCUGGCGCUCGCGGGGAGGGUCAUGGAGCAACGGGAGGAGGAGGGCGGGAUUGUGGUGUUUGGGGAGAGAGUGACCGAGAGAGAUGCCAGGGGGUGGUGUCUGCCGAGGAUUAUUGGGGGUGAAGGCUGUGGUGAUGGAGUUCGAAGGAAGGAUUUGGAGAAGGAAGGGGUUGACGAGAGGAGUAACAAGAUGAGUGGAGGUGAGUGA